AUGCACGGGAAGUCCUCUCGGGUGCCCAUCCCCCAGUGUCCAUCGUUGUACGAUAACCUGAUUGGAUCUGAGGACUGCGUCAUGUUGGCUGACGCCUUGCAAGGAUACACCGAUCUACGAGAGCUGCACAUUGGGAACAACCCGAUUGGAACUCAAGGCUGUCAAGCGUUGGCCACGGCUCUGCGUGACCACUCAGAACUGCAGGAGCUUCUGCUGAUCAACGUUGGCGUUCCUGCUGCCCACGCAGUUGGUGCAGGGUGGCCAGAAGCACGGGACGUCCAGUGGUCGGAGGAACGAGAAUUGACACGCGGCGUUGAACGGGAAAAGCAAGGCGACCAGCUCGCAGAGCAUGCAGAUGCUAUGAGCACGAAGGAAGAAACAAUCACACAGCUCCAACACCAAGUGCAGGAGCUGGGCACGAAGGACGAAACAAUCAGGCGGCUCGGCAACCAGCUCGCAGAACAUGCAGAUGCUAUGAGCACGAAGGACGCAACAAUCAGGCGGCUCAGCGACCAGCUCGCAGAACAUGCAGAUGCUAUGAGCACGAAGGACGCAACAAUCACACAGCUCCAGUCCCUCUUCAAUCUCGACCUGAAUCCAGCCCGCUUCGAGGAGAAGAAACGCGCAAAAGACCACGAAGGCAAGCCCAUCAAGGGCGCAUUUGGCAAGCUGUAUCGCAGCACGUUUGCUGGGCACGACGUGGCGCUGAAGGAAGUUGACGAUGUUGAAGAACGACCACGACUGCAGCACCUGCUGGAAGCAAUGAGCGACACAGCAACUUCAACAUCAACAGCGGCACAGUCGCGUGUACCUGACAAGCGUGUGCUGAGAGAGGUGGCCGUCCUUGCCUCACUUCGCCAUCCAAACAUCGUGCCUUUUCUCGGGCUGUGUCAUGACAGCGAUCGCAGCACGCUUGCCUUCGUGCUGAGCUGGGCAGAGAACGGGUCCCUGUACGACUACAUCCACGUACACAAGAAACACAUCAGCAACGUCGAGAAGCUGCGCAUCUUGAGCGAGGUGGCGGCUGCGAUGGAGUUCCUGCACGCCCACGACGUCGUGCACCGCGACCUCAAGUCGCCCAACGUGCUGCUGGACGCAUCGCUCUCCGCCAAGGUGGCGGAUUUCGGCCUGAGCGCGUUCGUGCCAGAGAAUGCGUCUGUGGUGUCGAAGGUGGUCGGCACACCGCUGUGGGCAUCACCGGAGCAGCUUCUUGGAUACGACAUUCGUGCAGACACAGACGUGUUCUCAUUUGGCUGCAUUAUGUGGGAGGUGUGGUUGAACACCAAACCCUGGCACCACGGGGAGUACAGCGGGGAACGCAUCUCCGGACGAACGCUUGGCGACAAGUACAAGGCUCAUGAAUAUCUACCGCUUGAUGUUGAGGAGGGGCGGAAAAUGGAAGGCGCAUUUAAGGCGCUGCUCCGUGGUUGCACACGGCCCUGA